CUGGGACUGGCGCUUCUCGCCUCGGCCAGCGAUGGAGCCACAGGAUGCCCCAUUGGUCGCAUCUACGCUCAUCGACAGCACCACUGACGAGCCCAGCCUCGUCCCCACGCUGGGCCGCGCCAACUCCUGAGCCGCGGACAACUCCAUGUUUGAGACGACUUCCUCAGUAGAUUCCAUGCAUCGGAUUCACGAGCUCGAGAAGGCUAGGGAUGCCGCGGUGGAAGAUGACAUCGCCUUCGGCUCCUUGGUGGAUAUGGCGUGCAAGCUUCCUCCUACGUCGAUUGCUGUCCAGGUGGCACAACAGAUCCGUUCCGCUAGAAACAUGUCCCGCAAGGCCGAUCUCCCCUUCUCCAAUGCCGCUGACCACCUCUUCAACAUGGAGCUCGACACCAACCAGAAUACUGAGUUCCGUGACAUCAUCGGCAACCACAUUCUCGUCUUUGUUCCCUCGGCCAUCGCCACCUACUAUGACGACGGCGAUCGCGCCUUUCGCAACCUGACGCUCGCAAGUAGCGAGGCGAGGCAGGUGCGGAUGGACUACGACGGCGAGGGAAGGCGUGUUGACGUGACCAUGGCUUCCCUGAGAAUGACUAAGCCCAGCAGGCCACUGCUCGACAUUGUGUAUGAUCUCUCCACGGUGAUCACCGAUGAGGCCCGCGUCGGCUCUGUGGUGAAUGUGGCAAGCAAGUUGUCUUCUGCCUCGUUUGAUGCUCAAGUGGCGCUCGAUGAAAUGCCCACGAGCGGCUGGAGGUCACCUGGCCGCUUCCUCGACGUCUAGCUCCACGGACACUUCGUUGGGCAUUACCUGAGUGCUACUGCAAAGAUGUGGGCUAGCACACACAAUGACACUCUUAAUGCAAAAAUCUCAUCUGUCGUCAACACGCUCUACGAUUGCCAGAAAAGAACAUGUGCACAGGUACCUGUCGGCCCUCCCGUCAGAGUUCUUUGAUUGGGUUGAGGUCAUCACGCCUGUCUGGGCUCCUUACUACACAAUCCACAAGACUAUGUAAGGUCUUCUUGAUCAGUACACAGUUGCUGGAAAUUCCAUGGCUCUUGUCAUGGUGGUAAAGAUGGCUAAUUAAUUUAGUGACCGGUGUGAAGAAUGUCAUACAAAAUUAUAGUAUUGAGACGCACUAGGGUGGCGUUUGGUUCGCGAAAUGUAACGUAAAUGGUAAUGGUAACGAUUCACACUCGAAUACCGGCGGUAACAGAUUUGAAUAAGACGGUAUCUAUUUAUAGUGUGGUAUCGAUUACGGUUAGACUUAAACAAACAUGAUCUAACGUUAUCGGUUACCCAUUCUGUUACCAAUAUGUGAACCAAACGACACCUAGGAGUCUCUCAAUGAGAAGUCCGGUGGGAUGAAUGAUGUUUUCUAUCAGCUCUACACGAUAUCGAACGAUAUGAAGCAUUUGACACU